AUGAUCAGGAAACCACCCCUCUUCCGCCUUCGACCUGCGGCUCUCCAUGUGAGAGGAUAUGCCGUCCAAACCCCAGGGGCACCGACUCUCCAGGUCUUCGAUCGACACACGAAAUGGCAGCAAAAGGAGCGAGCAGCACAGGACGUGGAAACGAGUCGGAAGGUCGACUACCUGAGAGAUGAGGUUGCAUUUCGUCUAUGUGAGCGAUUGCUGGAUAUCAACCGUAACUACGAUAAAGUCCUCGAUCUUGGAGCCAACGCCUGCCACAUCGCCAAGGCCCUCACCCGUCCAAACCCCGAUGCCGAUUCACUCCGCCCCGUCUCCGAGCCGAUCGCAGCGCGAAUCAAACAUCUCGUCGCAGCCGAAUCAUCAGCGUCGAUGCUCUACCGGGACGACUCCCUCCCGUUCAACUCCGAAAUCUCUAUCACCCGCGACGUGCUCCAGGACGAAGAAUCCCUCCCGUAUCCCGCGAACACCUUCGACGCCGUGCUCAGCGCAUCUAGCCUCCACUGGAUCAACGACCUCCCCAGCGUCCUCACGCAAAUCAACCACGUCCUGAAACCGGACGCCCCGUUCCUCGGCGUCAUGUUCGGCGGCGACACGCUCUUCGAGCUGCGCACGUCGCUCCAGCUCGCCUCGCUGGACCGCCUGGGCGGCAUCAGCACGCACACCUCCCCACUCGCGGACGUCCGCGACAUCGGCGGGCUGCUGCAGCGCGCCGGGUUCCGGCUCCUAACCGUGGACGUGGAUGAUCUAGUCGUUGACUUUCCGGACGUGUACGCGCUCAUGGAAGAGCUGCAGGCGAUGGGCGAGCAGAACGCGGUGCGGAUGCGGAGUGGGGGGCCACUGAGCCGGGACGUGCUGUUGGCGGCAGACGGGAUUUAUAAGGAGAUGCAUGGGAAUGAAGACGGGAGUAUCCCGGCGACGUUUCGGUUGAUUUAUAUGAUUGGGUGGAAGGAGGGGGAGGGGCAGCAGCGGCCGUUGGAGAGAGGGAGUGGGAUGGUGAGUAUUAAGGAUGUGUUGGAGGGGAAGACAGCGGCGCCGAAGGGUGGGGAGCGGAAGUAG